GCCGAAUAAUGGCAUUUUUCAAAAAUAUAUGAGACAGUUACUUCUUCGUUCUGUAAUUACUUGGGUAUAAUAUUUUCAAUCACCUCGCAUUCUUUAUUACUAUUCAUUAUUGCUGCAAUCGAUAGUCCAUUUAGGUGGUAAUGUAGGAAAUGGAAUAAAUUAAUUACGAGUGUUUAUUUAAACUAUCUUUUAUCAGUUUUUGGUUUAUGAGAAUAACUAAAAGUUAUUCCUAAACGGAUGCAACUUCAAGAUUAUUUGUCCUUUUCUUGCGACGACUACGUUGCGUGGUAACGACAGAGAAAGAACGAUGUUGUUUAUUUUUAUUUUGUGUAAAUCUGUCAAAUCUGUCAAAAGUUGAAGGAAUGGUCUAUCGACUUCUGCAAAAAUGAAAAACAAAACAUUUUAAAGGGUUUUUGAAUUAAAACAAUGAAUGUGGACAGCACAGAAAGCUGGGCUUCGCAGCCCGAUGUAUGCCGCUUGUGUUUAUCAACGAGCGGGACGUGGGAUGUGACUGCAUCUUAUAUUACGGAGGUCGGAAAUAAGGAGGUUUAUUCAGAGUUGUUGCAAGAUUGCUUUGGUAUAUCGUUAUCCCACCUAACAGAAUGGGGUCCGAGCAGAAUGGCUUGUGCGGUGUGCGUCAGCCAACUGAGAGAUGCCUACAGCUUCCGGAAGCAAGUAGAACAAGCCGAGAGACUGUUUGUUACAUACUGUGAUAGUAGGAAAGUUUCAGAUAUUUUCAACCCUCUUACAAUAAAAACUGAGUUAGAAGUAGGAGAUAACUUGGACAGUCCUAAUUGUGUAAAUAAUGAAGCUGAAGACAGUGAUGAUGACAAUAAACAAAUUCUGCAACCAGAAGCAGCCACAGAAAAUCAAAUUUCGGAAAUGCACAAGAAAAAGAGUCAAAAAACCAUUUUGAAAACCAAAAGGAAAAGAAAAAAGAUGAUUUUGAAAGAAGACAUGGAUUCGGAUACGCCUAUAGCUGAGUUUUCAAAGAAAAAUGUGCCUAAAGAAGUAGUGUAUAAGAACGAAAAUGAAAUAGCGGGUUCUUUGCUUGAAGAAGCGAGUAAAGAUUUGAAUACUGCAGUGGUUGAAAUAGGAUUUCGGCACACAAGACCUCAGAACUUGGUCAAACAAGUUUCCGAACGUAAACGAGUCAUACUUACAUGCGACACAGUUCUAAGAGACACUACAGCCUGCCCCUUCAGGCAUCACAAGAGUUGGUUCCAAUGCUUCUUCUGCCAACAAGACUUCAUGGAAAUCAACCUCCUUCGCGAACACAUGCUGAAAACACACGCCGACAUAGACGUAGAAAUAAAAAAAAUAAAACGUUACCCCCGCUCCCUUCAAAUUGAAAUUUCAAAUCUAGAAUGCCGCCAGUGUCAUUUGAAUUUGACAGAUGUCGUUUCGAUGUGCCGCCAUUUUGUUGAGGUGCAUAAAAAGGUUAUUUAUAACGAGUGUAUAGCUGAUUAUAAAGUUGAUACUAGUCCAUAUUCGUGCCAUAUAUGCGGCCAACAAUUUCAUGUUUUUAGAACUUUAACUACACAUUUAAACGAGCACUACGCUAACUGUAUAUGCGAUGUAUGUGGAAAGUCAUUUCUAAAUUCGAAACGUUUAAAAGUUCAUAAACGAACGCAUGAAAACGGCCAUUUUCCCUGCUCAGAAUGCGGAAAAAUACUUAAAACUAAGACUUCUAAAGCCAAUCAUAUGGAGAGUGCUCAUUCAAAGCGUGUAAUAAAAUGCCAAAUAUGUUUUAAGCCUAUGAAACAUUAUAACGACAGAAUUAAACAUAUGUCUGAGGUACAUAAUAUAACGCAUAAGUUUAAAUGUCCGAUUUGUGGCCGAGAGUACAAUAUUAAACAUUAUUUAGCUACACAUAUAAGACAGACGCAUGGACAAAAGAAUAAGAACUGUUCAGAGUGUGGUAUGGCUUUUAUAACGAACCAUGGUUUGAAGAAGCAUAUGUUGAAGCAUUCUGGGUUGAAGCCUUAUAGUUGUAAUGUUUGUUGUAAGUCGUAUGCGAGGAGUUACACGCUGAGAGAGCAUAUGAGGGCCCAUGAUAGCGAAAAGAGGUUUGCUGAUAAUGAAUGAGUACUUAUGUAAAA